UCAGCCACCACUCCACUCAGCUCCCCGGCCUUGUGUUCUUCCCUUCACCACUAAGAGGCCGCGCCGGGUCACAGGACUCCGCAGUCCUUCCCCGUCGCCUGGACAGUGAACAACCUCACCAUGAAGACUCUACUGCUGCUCGCUGCCCACCUCGCCCUCGUACUGGGCCAAUCGUGCCCUCCGGAAGGCGUGCAGUACUUCCCUGACAACGAGCAGUGCGACAAGUACUAUGAAUGCAAAAAUGGUAUAGGAUCUGAACAGCUGUGCCCCGACGGUCUCCUUUUCAACGACAAGAUCACUGACGGCCGCUAUCCUUGUUUCUAUCGUCCCGAGGUAGACUGCGGCUCCAGGUCCCGCACACAGCCACCGCAGCCAACAGAGCUCUGCCUUCACCAGUGGGGCUACUUUGGUUCUGGGGACAGCUCACAGUGCGGCUUCUUCUUUAACUGUGUCAACGGCGUCGCCUACAAACAGAACUGUCCCAACGGCCUCGCCUUCUCGUCAGCUACCUACCGCUGCGAAUGGCCCGAGGAGUCUCCUGACUGUGACGCCGCUGCUUUCCUGGGCUUCUCAUGUCCCCCUGUGACUGGCAAUGUGCUGCUCAGUGGUUACACACAACACAGGUCACAAAGGGACUGCCGCGAGUACUUCAUCUGUGUGAACGGAAAUCCUAGAGUGCACUACUGCCAACUGGGUCUCGUGUAUGAAGAGGCGACCCGACAGUGUGUGGACCCUGACUUAGUACAGGGAUGCCAAGGUUACUACUCGCCCGAAGAGCUUGCGCUGUACCGGGAGCAGCGAGAGAGGGAACGCAUUGCUGCUGAGAGGAGACAGGAAGAACUCCAGGCCCUGAGGGAAAAGCUGGCAGAGCGAAGAAGGCAAUCACAAAACUAAAUCUGCAGUAGUAGGGAGUCUGCAUGGCAACACACACACACACACACACACACACACACACACACGUCACUUCACUUCUACUCAAGCUCUUCAUAAGAUAACUGACUCCGCCACAUCCAAGCUAACACUGGUAUGUAAUAAUUGACACUCCUGAGUUCCAUCCCACAAAUUACGAACAUAUGUAAUAUCUUAUGACCCUUGCCUCAGUUAUUUAUCCUGGAUGUGAACCUUUCCUAUACAGCACUGGUUUGCGCGGCAUUAGUGACUAAUGUAAGUAGGUUGGCGAGUCUAAAGGGGGUGUUCCUAAAUUUACAGAGCAAACAAAGGAUCUUUAUCACAUCUAUACCACCAUGCUUUUCAUGUGCAAGUGCUUUUACUGUCUGCCAUCAAGCCUUUAAGUUUUCACCUAUGUGUGUGUGUGUGUGUGUGUGUGUGUGUGUGUGUGUGUGUAUAUAUAUAUAUAUAUAUAUAUAUAUAUAUAUAUAUAUAUAUAUAUAUAUAUAUAUAUAUAUAUAUAUAUAUAUAUAUAUAUAUAUAUAUAUAUAUAUAUAUAUAUAUAUAUAUAUAUAUAUAUAUAUUCUCAUUGUAAACUACAAACAGUACCUUCAUAAUUACUAUGAGAAGCUGUACACGCUUCGAAUGCAAACAAAUAUAAAUAUACACAAUAUGAAAAAUAAUUUCAUCGCUGAUUUAAGUUCAGAAGAGUAUCAAAAAGAAUUUAGUGGGGCAAUGAACAAUUCACUUAACUUUACUAACACAUAAGGCUGAAAAGUAGCAUAGGGUUGAACGAGUAAUUGAACAUAGCAUUAUUUGAUAUAAAAAUUAUUUUUGUUAACAGCUAUAUACAAACCCUUUCAGAGGAAUCAGCAUCUCUCUCCAUGACAAAACUGUAAUGAACUGAAAUGGUUGCACAUUCCUUCUGACAAUAUUUCUUUUAAGUAUUUCUGUAUCCAUGACGUCAUUUUGUUAUGCAUUUUUUUCACAUGUAACAAUAAAAAAAACAUGUACAAGUUAAUGUA